UAUUAAAUUCUUUGAAGGAUUUUAUUAGCUUUAUGAGACACUCUACCGGACUAUCACACUGUUAAGCAGAGCUUAGAGAGAGGAGUUCACUUGGCUUUGACAAAACUGCAUUAAAGCCGAACGCAGAGGAAAUCAAAAUGUGGAAGAAAUCAAAAGUGUCUGAUCAGACCACAACAGGGCAAGUGGGCAUCAAAAAGAAAUCCAAAGUCCCAGGAGUCAUGAUCACACAGUUCAUAGAAGAAAUCCCUGCGGAAAAGAGCCAUCCGGAUUUUAUCCGCAAACCUAUAGCUCUUACCAUUCAAGAAGGUAAACUGGCUAUUUUCAAGGCCAUUGUAGUGGGUGAUCCCAUCCCUACUGUAACAUGGGCCAGAAACAAUGGUGAUAUUUCAGAUCCACAGAAAUACCAAACCAAGUUUGACCCAAUUUCUGGUGAACACACUAUUGAGAUGCCGAAUGUUUCUCCAGACCAGGCAGACACCUACAAAUGUUUUGCUACUAACGAAUUUGGAAAGGCUAUGGUCAUUGUUAUGCUGAACGUCAUCAAAGUGGGAUUCAAGAAGAACAAAGCAAACCAGGAGUCCACUGCAACUGAUCCAAAUGAGCUCAAGGCUGUCCUGAAAAGGAGAAGUAAGGUUCGUCCUAAAACCGAAGCAAGGAAAGAUGGAGAAAUUGACCCAAAGUUCUGGGAGAUUUUGCUGAGCGCCGAUAAGAAAGAUUAUGAGCGCAUCUGUGCAGAAUAUGGGGUGACUGACUUCCGCUGGAUGUUGAAGAAACUGAAUGAGAUGAAAAGAGAGAGAGAACAAGAGCAAGCAGAGUUCGUCAAGAGCAUUUCUAACCUCAAACACAUCGAUGUCAAUCCUGAUGGAUCUGCUUCUUUUGAACUUGAUCUUAACCUUCUAGACGCCAGCAGCAGAAUUUUCAUCUACAAGGAUGGUGAGAUGAUUCCAUAUUCUCAAGAUCUCGAAGUGGAAAUGAAACACAGCCUGAAUCAAGUAGGCAAGAAAUACAUCUUCACAAUUAGGGACCUUUUCCCAGAUGAUGCUGGCCUUUACCAGUUAGAUGUAGAAGACGUCAAUGUGUUCUCCACUGAAUUUAAAAUUCCAGUGGUGGACUUUCUGGUCAAGUUAAAGGAUGUAAAAGCCAUGGAGAGGGAGGAUGCCAUUUUUGAAUGCGUCCUCUCUAAACCCUUAUCUAAAAUCAUGUGGGUCGGAAAGAACAACCGAUUAGAACACGGAGACAAAUAUGACAUUACUGUGUCCGAAGACAAACUGAUCCACAGGCUGAUAGUGAAGGACUGUAUGCAGGUGGAUAAAGGCAUCUAUGCAGCUGUGGCCGCAAUCAAGUCCAGUAACGCUUGGCUGAUAGUGGAAGCCGAUAACAGUCUAGAUACUAAAGGCAAAAAGAAACCCCGAAAAACAACUCAAGCCGGAGGGGCAGGUGUUGACCUGGCAAAGAUCGCUGCAGAACAGCAGGUCAAGCUACAGAAGGAAAGAGAUGAGAGAAUUGCGGCUGUCAAAACAGCCAGCGCUGAGAAAGAGGCAGCAGGUGCAGUGGACAGCAGUGGUUCUGCAUCUUUUCCUGGAGAUGGUUCUAGAGCAGAAGAAGAGGUCAGGAGAGAUGGCUCUGGAGACACUGGGCUGGCGAGGAGUGUAACAGACACUAGAGGAAAAGACACAGGGAAAGGUAUGGAAUCAGCAGACCUUGCCGGUAACUUAAAAGGCAGCAAAUCCAAUAAGGAUGGGAAGAAGUUGUCUUCUAAAGAUCAAGCAAGCAUAUCUAAAGAUGGAGGUACACAAAAGUUAGCAAUACAAAGCAGCAAAGAUUCAGACUCAAGACAGAAUCAGGCUGAAGUGAUAGAGUGCGAGACCGACGCCAUGACAACAGCUGGAGAUCUUCCUAAAUUCGACGCUGAUGACCUACACAAGUUCUCCAAAAAUGUGGUAGUUAAAGUUGGCCAGACUGCUUCCUUUAAAAUGCCAUUACCUCCUCAAGACCCGACAGAGAUCAGCUGGUUUAAGGACGGCACUGAACUUUUUGAUGGUGGCAGCAUAAAAGUAGUAAAAGAUCUAAACCAGAGCCGUCUUCAGAUAAAAGACUGCCUGCAAUCUGACUCUGGGGAAAUUAAGAUCCAGCUUAAAAACACUUUUGGUACUGCAGAGGCCUUCUCUAGGCUUAUUGUGGUCGACAAGCCGGGUCCACCACAAGGCCCAGUAGAAGUGAUUGACAGCUCAUCUUCUGUCAUUGAAUUAAAAUGGAAGCCACCAAGUGAUACCGGUUGCUCUGAAGUGACCAACUACCUAGUGGAGCGUCAGCAAGUGGGGCAGAGUAUGUGGAAGAAAGUGUGCGAUAAUUCAGCUGACCGCCUGUCCUUUCGAGACAGAAACGUGUCCCAUGGCAAGAAGUACACAUACCGAAUCUAUGCUGAGAACUCUGAGGGUAUCAGUGAUCCUCUGGAGACAGAAGGCAUCAUGGCUGGAACUCUGAUUUACCCUGGUCAACCCGCCCCUCCUAAGGUGGUCAGCACUUUCAAAAACUGCAUCAACCUAACAUGGACUCCGCCAGAGAAAGAUGGAGGAACCAAAAUACUGGGCUACCAGCUAGAGAAACGCAAGAAAGAUACAAACCACUGGGUGACUCUGAACCUAGCUAAGGAACCUAUUUCAGCUCUGAAGUAUGCAGUGAAGGAUGUCUCUGAGGGGUCAGAGUAUGAGUUCAGAGUGUCAGCCAUUAAUAUGUCUGGGCCUGGAGAACCCAGCGCUCCCUCUGCCAUGGUCUGCGCUAAAAACCCCAACAUCAGGCCCCACUUCAAAGAUCCUGUAGACUUCAUGGUUGUAAGAGCAGGAAAUUCUAUCAGAAUCAAAGUCAAUUAUGAGGGCUCACCACAACCAGACAUCACAUGGCUGAAAAAUGAUGAACCUGUGUCCCCCUGGGUCAACAUCAUCAAUGUUGAGGAAUCGUCCACACUCGUCAUCCCCUCGUCAAACUAUUCAGACUCAGGUGUUUACACCAUCAUGGCAAAGAACUCUAGUGGACAGUCCAGCUUUGACAUAGAGGUCAGAGUGGCAGAUCAACCAAAGCCUCCAGGCCCAGUGGUGCUAGAACAGGUUGUUUAUGGUAAAGUCAUUAUCACAUGGACUCCAUCUCCAGACCAGGAGAAGGACGAUCGACUGCACUACAUGGUGGCAGAACGUGAUUCCAGCACACGUGUUUGGAACACAAUUGCCGACCGUCUGUUUUGCAACACUUACACUACCUCUGUCCAGCCUGGUCGUGAAUACCACUUCAGAAUCUAUGCAAAAAAUGAUAUGGGACUUUCUGAUGCCUCUAAAUCACCAACGUGGGGUGUUAACGAGCUGAGAGUGCCACUAGUCCCACGCUCAGCAGCUAUGAUAACUCUUGAGAGGCCACCUUCCAUCUUGGUUCCACUGAAAGUCCACAGUCCACCACAGGGCUUUCAGCUGUACAUGACUUGCGCUGUCCGUGGCUUCCCCACACCUAAUGUUACGUGGUACCUCAACAACAUCUGCAUCAACUCCAACAACAGCUACUACAUCACAAAUGCAUGUGGAGUCUGCUCUAUGUACAUCAUCCGAGUUGGGCCAGAACAUAGUGGCGAGUACAAAGUGGUGGCAGUCAACCCAUUUGGCAAAGCUGAAUGUUCCUCCAAACUAAAAGUGAGAGAUUGAAAUUCAGCACGCUGACAACCAGCUAGCUUGUGUACUGCAAACCAAUAUAUAGUGAAUAAUUUUACGUAGAGCUGCUUAGGAAUAAUAUGCACUGCAAAAAGCCUUACACUGCCAAGAGGUAUAUUGGUGUAUCACCGUUCGUGAUAUUUUAUUAGAUAAA